AUGAAGGACAACAGGACCUUUGAUGUUUAUAAAAAGCUUAAACACUUCUGUAGCGCUAAAGUGUUUAAACCUCUCCCGUUUAUCAAACUAGACAAUAACUUCCUGAUUACAGACCCAGAUGAACAGAUCGCCCUUUGGUUGGAUCAUUAUAUGAAAAUCUUUGAUUCCAAGAGGCCAUCCUUAUUCCCUUCCUCUAGUCACAACAUAGAACCACCUGACGCAAACUUUACUGUGGCAGAAAUAACUAAAGCCAUUAAUAGGCUUAGGAACAAUGAAUCCCCAGGUCACGACAACAUAUUGGGAGAACACCUAAAAGCUGCCCCGUCAGAGGUCUCCCAGCUUUUGCUGGGGUUGUUUAAUAAGAUUUGGCAUACAGGGAAAAUGACAGGAGAUUGGAACUUAACUAUCUUUUACAAUUUCCCUAAAAUUCCUAACCCUACUAAAUUUAAAGAUUAUAGAGCGAUUGCCCUUACCUCGAUAGUAUUAAAAGUCUUUAUGAUCCUUUUAAAAAACCGAAUCCUAGCAUUCUCCCCUAACCUAUUAUCCAAAUACAUUUGUGCAUAUUGCCCAAACAGAAAUAUAAACGAGCCAAUCUUGGCGCUGAAUAUAAUUGUACAAAAGUGUGAAAAAUAUAAAUUACCUUUUUAUUUUAUAUUCAUUGAUUUCAAACGCGCUUCAGGCAGCAUCACUCAUGAUACCUUGUGGGCUAUCCUAGUGAGAUGCGGUAUAGAAGCCAAUUUCAUCAAGAUUUUAGAGAUGCAUUAUAAUAAUCUCAUGGCUUCAUUUAAAUUCUUAAAUAAAGUUUCACCUCCUUUCAGGACAAAAAAAGGGGCGAAUCUUCUAGAACUUGGAUCCAAUCAGCCGUGGUUUUUGGAAAACAGGGCGAUUAGUUAUGCUGAUGACUUGGUCUUGAUUGCAAAAAACUUGGAGGAGGCUAACAAUUUGGUCUUGAUACUAAACACUUUUAGUCUUAAGGUUGGAUUAGAUAUUAACUUCGAUAAGACUGUAAUCAUGCCAUCGUCUCAUGCUCUUCCUCUGGGAGUUUGGUUAGUUGGAGGAAAAGUUGUCAAAGUAGUGUCUUCUUAUAAAUAUCUUGGAGUGAACAUCGACAAUAAAGGCAGUUAUAAAGAUGAACUGAGAUUCCGAAUUCAGAAUGCUAGAGCUGCUUUCUACAAAUAUUCUAUGGAGAACUAG